UGGGCGGGCCAUGAGUUCCAAAUUGGAUUACCUCCAGAAGUACUUGUCCUCGGACCCGAAAAGUACGCACCACAAUUCGGCCUUAUCCCCCCUCAACCCCACGCCCAAACCCAAGAAGAAGAAGAAGUUCAAGCAGAAGGCCCAGGUCAAAUCGGGCGGCGGAUUCCGCAUCAUCGACGAAACGGAUGUCUUCCCGGGUCGAAAUUCGAAGACCCAUUCUAUCAGUCAGCCCGAUAUCCAAGACGACGACGACGACGAUGAAGCGGACGAACGCUUCCAAACUCAGGAAGAACGCCCCCAAGUAGCCGGCAUCGUGGAUGAACGCCCCGACAUUGAAAUCAUGAAAGAGCGCUUUGUUACCAGCAACUUCCAAAGUGUGUCCAACAUCAAGUCCGAACCCCUCGACUCAACCGAGCAAAGCCGCAUCAAAUCCGAACCCGUAGAUGAUCCUCCUAGCCAUUCAAGUCCCCUCACAGUGCGUCGCCGCCCACGGCAUGACAGUUCUGCCAGUGAUGCCGCCUCCCCGCCCCGAUUACGCCAUGACAGUUCUGGGAGUGAGCCCGUGUCGCCCCCUCGAUCACGGGCCCGGGUCGAGAUCAAAACUGAGGCCGAAGACUUGUCUCCGCCUCGCCGACGGGCUCCUGAUCAUUCACGGGAAAGGGCGGAAGAUUUGUCGCCGCCUCGUCGACGUCCGCUCGAUGAUUAUCGGGAUGGGGGUCCGGAUCUGUCGCCACCCCGCCGUAAGGUCAAGGUGGAAGCCGAGGACUUGUCGCCGCCUCGACGACGGAUCAAGACGGAAGAGGCUGAGCCCACAAUUGCCGUGGACGGGGCACUCAGUCAAACUUUGGACGGCAAGAAGGCCGGAUUGCAAAACGCCAAGGCUCUGAAGCACGAAUUAUCCACCUUGAGAGCUAAGGAGCGGGCCAUGUUUGAAACGCUCAGUUCCGAUGUGUCCGGGCGCAAUGCUCAAACCCAAGUACGAGGACGCCUCAAAGCCAAAGCUGAGGAAGAAGAACAGAAGCAAAAGGAACACGAGAUCACGGAAGAAGUCAAAGCCAAGUAUUCACGUUGGAGCAAAGGUGUUGUUCAGGCAGAAAAAAUCCAAGAACGCAUCAAUACAGACUUGUACGAGAUGAGUAAGCCGUUGACUCGAGAUGCGGAUGAUACCGAUCUGGAUGCCCACCUUAGAGCCAUUGAGCGCGAGGAAGAUCCCAUGCUGCAAUUCAUCAAAAAGAAAAAAGCGAAAAGAGCCAAAGGCCUGAAAUAUCCCAGCUAUAAUGGGCCCCCACCCCCGCCAAACCGUUAUGGUAUUCUCCCUGGUUAUCGAUGGGAUGGCGUAGACCGAUCCAGUGGUUUUGAGAAGAAACUCUUUGAAAAGAAGAACAGUCGGGUAGCGCUCCAAGAAGAGGCGUACAAAUGGAGCACUGAAGACAUGUAAUCGUGAUUGUUUUCUUGAUGCUCAAAUGAUAAAUAUAUAUGGCAAGAUGUU